AUUUUCUUAACAUUAUCAAAAUCAAAGAGAAAAACAGAGAAAUGCCAAAUCCAUUGUUCAGAUGUCAGGAAAUACUACUUUCUUGACAAAUCCUGACGAUCCCAGUGAUCCCGUGAAGAAAUUUACCUAUGAUCACAGUUAUUGGUCAAAUGAUGGAUAUAAGGAACUUCCAAAUGGAUAUUGCACAGCUGAUAAUACACAACCAAAUGGCAGUAAAUUUUGCGAUCAGGAAAAAGUAUACAGAGAUCUCGGCAGAGGAGUCCUUAGAAAUGCAUGGGAUGGAUACAAUACCGCCUUAUUUGCAUAUGGCCAGACUGGAUCAGGAAAAUCUUGGUCUGUUAUUGGAUACGGGGCAAAUAAAGGUAUAGUUCCUAAGUUUUGUGAAGAAAUGUUUAGAAGUAUAGAAGAUAAAAGAAGAGGAGGAGAUCAAACUGAGUUUGAAGUUCGGUUUAGCAUGCUUGAAAUUUACAAUGAAAUUGUCCGUGACUUAUUAAAUCCCGGAGGUGACAGGAAAAGGGGUCUUAAAGUUCGUGAACAUCCGAAGAAAGGGUUCUACGCUGAAGGGUUGAAACUGGAUAUGGUUACCAGUUACAAAGAAAUAGAAAGAAAAUUGAAUGAAGGUACGACAAACAGAAGUAUUGCCUCAACAAAUAUGAAUGCCACUAGCAGUCGAGCUCAUACAAUUGUAGGAAUUCAUUUGAUACAAAAGUCUAAAAAACCAAGUGGACAAGAAACAGCCAAAAUGUCUAUUGUGCACCUUGUAGAUCUUGCAGGAAGUGAACGAGCCUCCAACACUGGUGCUACAGGAGAUAGGCUAAAAGAGGGAGCUGCUAUAAAUCAAUCUUUAUCUUGUUUAGGAAAUUGCAUACAUGCUUUAGCAGAAAGAGCAAUGGGAAGAAAUGCAAGAGUUCCAUUUAGAGAUUCUGUUCUCACACGAUUGUUAAUGAAUGCAUUAGGAGGAAAUAGUAGAACAAUUAUGAUUGCUGCUAUAAGUCCUGCUGAUAUAAAUUAUGAAGAGACAUUAUCCACUCUUCGAUACGCCGAUCGAGCAAAACAAAUAAAGACAGUUGCAAUUGUAAAUGAAGAUCCAACUGAAAAACUUAUUCGAGAACUACGUCAAGAAAAUGAAAGAUUGAGAAAAAUGUUGGAAAAAGGAGCAAUGGAUGUACCAAUUCAACCAGGAAUGUCAGAUGAGGAAAUUCACAAGUUAAGGAGGAAAUGGGAAGAAGAAAUGCACGCUGCAAUGGCAGAAAAUGACAGAGACCUGCUGCAAAUUAAACAGUCUUAUGAUGAUAAGUUAAAACUUGCGAGACAACAAAAAGGAUUUGAAUGGGAUAUAGCUAAAAUCGAAAAAGAGAAGAAAGUUCGACCUCAUUUUACAAAUUUGAACUUUGAUCCUAUGCUCUCAGGAAAAAUAGUGCACUUGUUAAAGUUAGGAGAGAAUAUUGUUGGUAAAACAGACCAAGCUGAUAUUCAACUUCUCGGUCCAAGUAUACAAGAAAGGCACGCUAUGGUAAAUUUCUUAGAGCAUGGUGGUGUUACUUUAGAAAAAUGUCACACUGAUUGCCGCAUACUUUUAAAUGGAGAACCUUUAACAGCUAGAGCUCUUUUAUCACACUGUGACAGAAUAAUGUUUGGGACGACUCAGUUGUAUGUUUUUAUCCAUCCGGAUCAAAUGAGAAAAACUGGAAAGAAGUAUCCUGAUGUAAGCUAUGAAAUGGCACAAGAAGAAAUCGCCGCCAAAGCUGGCAUAUCUGUUGAUGAUGAUGAUCAAUCCUUAGAUACGGCUUUGCUAAAUAAAGACCUUGUAGAAGUUCUACCUGGAGUCGAAGAAGCAAAUGCAAUUAGUGAAGAAUUAGACAAAAAAGUUAAAUUUGAAAUAGUACUCCUUUCUCCCCAGUGGCUUGGAAAAAUGUCCGGACGAACAGAAGUGUAUGUUAAAAUGCGAAAUUUAGAAACAGGUGUAGAAUUUGAAUGGCCUAAAGAGAAAUUUCUGAAUAGAAUGUAUGUUAUGAAAGAAAUGUAUCAAAAUUAUGAAGCUGGGGAUGAAUGGGAUGUUGAGGAAGACCGAGAUCCAUUCAUAGAAGAUUUAGAUACAGAAGUAAGAAUUGGAAAUUGUCAGGUGUUUCUUCAGCCACUUGCUUAUAUGGUUGAACUUAAGGAACAAUUAGAGAUUGUAGAUUACAAAGGAGCAGAAGUUGGUAUUCUAAAUAUAGAAGUAGUUCCAUGUACUGCUGAAGGCAAGGAAUAUACUGAAUAUGAUGAUAUGUUUGUAGACAAUCCUAAUGAGUUGAUUGGAAAAGAUCUUCAUUUUAUGGUGAAAUUAUUGGGAUGUCGAGGUCUUCCAUCAAGAUUUAAUGAUAUUGUAUGUAGAUAUAAAGUGUAUUUGGAAACUGAAGAUAAUAUGACUGAAGUUCAAUCAGAUACUUCUAACCCAGAUUUUAAUCACAAAAGAAUAUUUUCAUUUAAACGAGUCACACAAUCACUUGUGGAAUACUUAAAAGAAGGCUACAUAAUGGUGCAAGUGUGGGGUAAACAAACCACAAGAAAAUCAGCUAUUACAAGAGCUCAAGGAAAAAACACGAAAGAAAUGUUUCAAGCUGAUCUUCUUAACAACGCCAAUACAUUAAUGAAAGGAUUUCGAAUGAAUGGAAGAGUUGUCGAUCCCAAUAAACAAAGUAUAAUAGUCGAGCUUUUAUUAAUGAAAAAGCAGCAACACAGGCAAAUGCAGCGAUUGGAAAAUAUUCGACGUAUGAUAGAUAUAGCCGAAACUCAUAAAAAGAAGAAGUUACCAGUGAGUUUAGUGAAAGAUAUCUAUUCAACUACAUCAGCUGAAACAGUGGAAGAAUUACUUCAAAAAGUGCCUACAGUUCAAGAAGAGGCAGAAUCAUCAAUUUGUUAUAUUCUAUAACAAAAUAUUUGAACAAUCCCUGUAUUUAAACAUGUUUUUAUUAAAUAUGAAACCAAUAAAUGAGAUGCGAAAUAUGGCGGUAUUAGAGGAAUAAUUUAUAUUAAAUCUAUAUUCUAUAUUCUUAUUUAUAUUCUAUAACAAAAUAUUUGAACAAUCCUUGUAUUUAAAAUGUUUUUAUUAAAUAUGAAACCAAUAAAUGAGAUGCAA